CAAUGAAUUUUCUUUUUCCUCUCUUCUUAAUUUUUACUUUCCUAUUCACGUUUUUUUUUUUUUGUCAAGCUUGUUCCCAAAAACUCAUUUCAUUACCAGAUUAAAACAGAAAUUUCAAACUUAUUAAUAUUGAUGUAGAUGUUCAUCAUAUUUCCAGUGGUAUAGAUAAUCAUCUCAAAACUUUCAUUAUAUGGUUUGGGUGUGGGUUAGGAGGAGAUAUGGCGUACAAGGUGGAUCACGAAUACGACUACCUGUUUAAGAUUGUGUUGAUUGGAGAUUCAGGUGUUGGCAAAUCUAACAUACUCUCUAGGUUUACCAGAAAUGAGUUUUGUCUUGAGUCCAAGUCUACCAUUGGAGUUGAGUUUGCAACUCGGACAUUGCAGGUAGAAGGUAAGACAGUGAAAGCACAAAUAUGGGACACAGCCGGCCAAGAAAGGUACCGAGCCAUUACGAGUGCUUACUACAGAGGAGCCGUUGGUGCCCUCUUAGUGUAUGACAUAACAAAGAGGCAAACCUUUGAGAAUGUCCAGAGGUGGCUGCGCGAGUUGAGGGACCAUGCAGAUUCCAACAUUGUCAUCAUGAUGGCCGGUAACAAAGCCGACCUCAAUCACCUUCGUGCCAUCUCGGCGGAGGAAGCCGGUGCUCUUGCCGAGAAGGAAGGGUUGUCAUUCCUGGAGACAUCAGCUCUGGAGGCCCUCAAUGUUGAGAAGGCAUUCCAAAGCAUUUUGCUUGACAUUUACCAGAUAAUAAGCAAAAAGGCAUUGGCUGCUCAGGAGGCAGCUUCCUCCACUGGCCUUCCACAAGGCACUGCCAUUAAUGUUGGAAAUUUUUCUGGCAAUCUCAUGAACAAGAGAACUCCUUGUUGCUCAGACUAACAAUUGCUUCUAAUAUUUGGUCUAUUCACUUUAUAUAAGGAGGGGAAGAAGAUUUUUUUCAUUUGAUAUGAAUACUUUAACACGUAACAAUGUGCUUACUGAAACAAAAUACAACUAUGAUUUUUUGUGACAAAA